AUGUCUGUCAUGUUGUAAUUUAUUCUCCAGAAUUUUGUGCUACUUGUUAUCAAACCUGAUGUUUAUUGAAUAUGUGUUCGUGUUUGGUUUGCUUCUAAAUUUAAUGAAUUAAAAAUCACAUCUCAAUGUAUAAGUUAUGCGGCAAGUUCCUUUCAAACCCAAUGACAUAUGAACUCGAUGUGCGUUUUGGCCAUUUUACUUGGCUUGCGUUGGUGAUUCGUACAUAGUCACGUGACCUAAGUGGUUUUUGGAUCAAUGGCGCCAAAUGUCUAUAACAGAAAAUGUUGCAUUGUACCAAUUUAAAGUGCCAUCAUGUAGCAAAAGAUGUGACAUUUUACACAAUGCUGCUGCCACGGUCUAAGUGUAAAGCAGUGGUGGGUUCGUGAACAUGUAGGUUGUGAGUGAACACUAAGAUGUCAGUAAGAGGCACGAAGCGGGCGACCGGUGUGCGUGGGGAGGAGGCCGGCACGUCCAAACGUCGGCGGACAGAGCCCGAAGACGCACUGUGGCAACUCCGCCCUGACGUCAAGAUGCCAUCUAUAUACAACAGAAGUGCCUCAGAGGCACCAGCUGAACUCUUCAGAAAAGAUCUCAUCAGCGCGAUGAAACUGCCGGACUCGGAGCCUCUAACGGCUAGCGAGUACUGGGUGAUCACGGACACCUGGAAGCAGGACUGGGAGCGAGGCGUGCAAGUGCCAGUCAACCCUGAUUCGCUGCCAGCGCCCAAAGUCACCAUUAUAGAAAAUCCGCUGCCACCUGAUUUUCAAGAAUUCAAAUUACCUAAAGACAAGUACAUACACUUGACACGGGACGCGCACUUCCAACCCGACAAACACCAUUUGAGUACGACUCCAGCGCGUGCCGAGGCAGCUUGCAGCUAUGACCUGGAUGCCUUGGACACUGCGUGGCUGAAGCUGUUGAACGCGGAACGCGCUAGAGCCGGAGCCAUGCCCAUCAACGAGAACCAGUUGGAGAAGGUCUUAGAAGAACUGGAGAUUCGUACCUGGGACAAGAUCCAAGCGAUCAUGAAGUCCGAAGAGGGUCUCGGCAUCGAGUACGACGAGAACGUGAUAUGCGACGUGUGCCGGUCGCCGGACUCUGAGGACGGCAACGAGAUGGUUUUUUGCGACUCUUGCAACAUCUGCGUACACCAAGCUUGCUAUGGCAUCACGGUUAUACCGGACGGGCAAUGGCUGUGCAGGCCUUGCGGCGACGGCGUUCGCCCGACGUGCGUCUUGUGUCCCAAUCUCGGAGGCGCGAUGAAAUGCACGCCCUCGGGACACAAAUGGGCGCACGUUAGCUGUGUACUAUGGAUCCCAGAGGUAUCCAUCGGUUGCGCAGAACGUAUGGAGCCCAUCACUAAGAUCUCCGCCAUCCCAGCCUCUCGAUGGUCUCUCUUAUGCGUGUUGUGUCGUGAACGUAAAGGUGCUUGCAUUCAAUGCUCCGUAAAGACUUGUAAGACUGCGUACCACGUGACGUGUGCAUUUAAACAUGGACUUGAAAUGCGUGCGAUAAUCGAGGACGAAAACGCAGACGAUGGCGUCAAACUGCGAUCCUAUUGUCAAAAACAUAGUGUGAAUAACAAAAAAGAUAAAAGUGCGGGUUCGGGUUCCGAUGAAGAGGAGGUGAAGAGGAAGCGGCGUAAAGAUAUGACGUCGGAGGAGAAGACGCAGGCGCGGGCGGCGCGCUUGCAGGAGAUCGAGUACGAAUUCGACAGGCACGUCAGCAUGAAAGACAUCAGCACGCAUCUCCUUGACGUCGAUCAGGAUGCGAUAAACUAUAUUUACAAUUACUGGAAACUGAAAAGACGCGCUGGGCAUAAUCGUCCAUUGCUACCCCCAAAAUCUGACGAUAGCGAACUGCUAACGCACAGACAAGAACAAGCAGAUCUCGACAAAAUGAGAAUGUUUGUCCAACUUAGGCAAGAUCUCGAAAGGGUGCGGAAUUUGUGCUACAUGGUUAGUAGGAGGGAAAAACUAUCUCGCUCAUUCUUUAGGUUACGGGAACAAACGUUUCACAAACAAGUUGCCGUGUUGUCGGCAGACCCUUCCAUAUCAGGCCCCGAAUUGUCUGCCAUUAUUGAGGCUAAUCAUGGUCCUUCAAUUUACGAUAGGUUGUAUUCCCACGAUAACGCGCCCGACCAUCAAAAUGACUUCGACGCUCUAAUGGCUCGAAUCGCACCACCAGAUUCGGGUGACGAAAAGAAGAAAGAUCGAAAUGGUCUAGUAAAAGGAUCCAAGUCAACAAAUCCCUAUAAGAGACAUUACGUGAAUGGAUCACGCAGAAGUGGCAGUAUGUACAGUGGUCUUUCAAGUGAAGAAAGUGCUGCAGAAAUAAGUCGAACAAACAGAUACCGUGGCAGAGCUAUAGGUUCAAGCACAGAUGAAGACGUAAAGAAACCCACUUCACCAAAGAAAAAGGUGUCUUCUAAAACUAAAGGAAAGAGGUCACCUAAAAAGACUGAAAGGAAAAAGAAGAAAGUGCCACAAUCUAAAGCAUUGCUAGAAAGUAGUAGUGAGGAUGAGUCUUUGAAGGACAAGAUGAAAAAGGAUAGAACCAGGAGUAAAACUCUUACUCAGAUGGAAAAGGAAAUGACUGCUGGAAAGCUGGGUCAGUCUGGCACUGAUAGUGACGAACUGAUGCCUAUAAGGUCGACCAGAAACAAUAAAUUCCCAAUAGAUAUAUACUCAGAUAGCAGUGAGGAUAUGGAUAUGAAAAAACCAGACAUUUCUGAAAAGUCUGAUAAAACCAAAUCUUUAGAUAAGUUGAAAUCUGAAAAACGAGAUAAAUCACCAAGUGGGAAUGACUCACAACAACCCUUGCCCAGAACUAAAGCUGCUAUGAAAGAGUUUAUACCAACACAACCAGAGAAAAAGGCUGCCCCAGACGAGGAUAAACCUGCUCCAAAGAAACGAGGCAGGAAACCUUCUAACAAAGACAAGAAGCCUCCCGUGAAAGCCGAGUCUGAUGAUGAGGCUAAGAAUAAGGAAAACAUAAAAAUCUUAAAACAAAAAGAUAAUCCAACCGACCUUAUAGUUCCUCAGCGGCAGGCAGCUAAGAAAGCAUCUGAGAACAUGAGAUCGACGACUGCAGUUAAGAAAGAUGAACCUGAUAAACCGGUAAGUGGUGAUGAAGCAAAGAGUAAACCAAAAGUAAAAUCAAAGGGAAAAGAGGUAAAGGACACAAAAGAUGUAACACCUGCAACUUCACCUGCCAAAGUUGGGAGAAAGAAAUCGUCUAAGGAAGCUGAAAAAGAACCGAUUUCUUAUGUCCCUCAAAGGCAAGCUGCUAAGAAAGCUGCCGCUCACAUCAAAAGUGGCUUGGGCAGCAAGUUACCAGUCGUCGAAUCUGAUGCUGACAAGAAGAAAGAUGAUAAACCAGAAUUUACGAAACUUUCACCUAAAAAGGAGGAAACUAAAAGCAAACCACCUCCAAAAGAAAGUUCAAGUUCAUCCUCAUCUUCCAGCAGCAGCUUUUCAUCAUCAUCCAGUUCUGACGAGGAACAAGAGAAGCCGGGCAUCAAACCCACAGCCAAAGCUCCUGAAAUUAAACCAGCUACUAGACAACCAUCCAUGUUUUCACCCCCUGGUUCUAGACCGACAGUCGACUUGCCCUUUCUCGACAAGGUGUCAAGACCCCUGUCUUCAACUAGUGCCUCGAGUGAUGGUGACAGCUCUAAAGAGUCGCGAUCUGGCUCAGAUGGCAGUCCAGCGCUCAAACUUCCAAGACGGCGAAGGAAGGGCAGUCGGAUAUCAAGCGAUGCGUCCCCAUGCAAGGCCCCUGACAAGAAGCUUAAAACUUCCGAACAGGGGUCCGAGUGUAGGGUACCAUCACCGACUGCUGAAGGAGAGGAACAGCGCGGAACCGGCGAUGCGCGCGCUGCCACGCGUUCUCGGACCAGAAGCACUACUUCAAGCGGAAAUCUGUCUAAUAAGCCUGACCCCCGACAGAGAAAACCAACUAAAGACGACGCAAGCCCUACCCUUGGCACCAAUAAGACUCCCAAAGAGAGCUUCCAGCCCGGUCAACUUUCACCUCCGAAGCGGGAAGAGGACAAGGAGGUAAAGAAAGAAAUCAAAAAUGAAUUGCCACCUAAUGACGUCAAACAUAAAGUAGGCAGACCUAAGAGUCGUAGUAUAUCUGUUGAGGACAAGGAAAAGAUAAAGUCACCAAUUACUGAAUCUUCUUCCCCUAUCAAAACUAGUCCACGGAAGAGCAUUGACUCUAAACAGAAGGGCAGGAGAAUGAGUGUAAAAGAUACUUCGCCAAGUAACAGAAUAGAAUCAAAUGAAAUCACUCCUCUAGUAAGGCGAAUGAGUGUAAAAGAUACUUUGCCAAGUAGGCGAAUGAGUACCAAGGAGCCCUCACCAAAUAGACGAACAACUACUAAAGAUUCAUCGCCCAAUAAUAGACUUGUAAAAGAUCCACUGCCAAGCAGACGAAUGAGCAUCAAAGAUUCUUCGCCCAGCAGGAGGACUGUCAAAGAUCCAUCACCGAAUAGUAAAAUAAGUGCGAAAGAUUCAUUAACAAGUAGACGAAUGAGCGUGAAAGAUUCAUCGCCGAAAAGGCGAGUAAGUAUGAAAGAGCCUUCGCCUAAAAGACGUAAUACUGUCAAGGACACUUCGCCGAAACGUUUGGAAUCUAACUCGGAACCUGGCGAAUCCCUUGUUGCUCUUGUCAAAGAAAGAAGACUAAGUAGGGCUGAAUCUCUGUCCGCUAAUUGCGACUUAUCGCCCCUCAAAAAGCCAAUGAUAGAAAGAGCACCCAAAGAACAUAUUCCCCUGAUGGAAAGAAAGAGUCCAUUAGCAAUUAAUGACUUCACUGAUCAUGACAAACAUUGGUUGACAGCCCCAAGUCCCCUCUGCCCUCCACCAGUUAUAGAAAGGCCAGGCAAUGAUAAGUAUAUUGGCGAAGAAAAUUCUGACUCUGCCGAAAAGAGCAGUGUCAAUAUGAUGGCUAAGAUUCAAGCCAACCUUAAUGAAAACACAAUGAUAAAGUCACCUAAAACCCCAAUGGAUGCAAGAAUAUCAAUGGAUCCUCUGGAAAUGGAAUCUUCCUUGGUUAGAGGUAUACGAAAGCGUGUAUCACUCGACCCUGAUAAGAAGUUUAUAACCCAGGAUGCUAGUCAUGUGCAAGGCGUAGAAAUUUCAAAGAGUGCUAAAAUACCAUCAGUAGCUAAUCCAUUCCCAAAUCGAUCUAUAUUUUCACCACAGUCAAAAGAUAAUGAAUUAUUUGAUUAUGACAUGAUGGCUGUUGAUGACGGGUUCAACCACGACGAUAUGACAAAACCGUUCAGUUCCUAUCCUGAAUUUAUUUUCAAAGAGGAUUCUAAAGAGCAAGGUGUGCAAGAGACAUUAAAUCUUGUAGAUAGGUUGAGAAUGCAACUCAGUUCUAAGAAAAUUCCACCAGAAAACCCAACACAAGAGGAAACCCUAGCUGAGGAAAAAGAUCACAAAGAUCAAGAAAAUAAUAUGACAGCUAAUGCUAUUGAAGGCGAACGCAGGCGAGAUAUCCCGCCGCCACCACCACCGCCACCCAACAAGAAUGCCGCUUUUGAUAUACCAGAAAAACACAGUCCCAAGGAUGCACAUCCAACAGUCAACCACGUCGCAUCUCCAUAUAAAUCUGAUGUACCAACCAGAGAUUCUAAAGCUGAUAAAAAGUAUCAAGAACCUAUACCCAUGACCAGUAAGGAGAAAUGGUCUGAUUUACCAAUAUCUCAAAUUGAUCAUCCUCAAACUAACGACAGAAAAUACGAUAAUCAAUCUAACGCUUAUCAUGAGGAAGUCAAAGAACCGAACACAGUCCAAUCAGAAGUUCGUUCAGUAUCGGAAUUGGCAGACACGAUAUCUUUGUCUAAACAGAGCGAUGAUUCACAAUCGUUAUCUGUGGCCGACCACUCAGUGCAUAGUAAUGACCACGAUUUGACACAAGAUAAUCAUAAUUACGAUAACAACAAUUCUUUGGCGCAUUCGGACUGUGCUACUAUUUCCUCUCCAUACAUAGGACAAGAUGUUAAAUAUAGAGGAGAAAGCAAAAUCACAACCAGAAGGUCGUCGGCCUCCAGUACCACUUCGGAAGGGUCCACUUGUUCUCAAAAACCAGUCUUGAAGUCUCACUUGAACAGCUUAGAUCCACAUCCAGGGACUGUGAUUCCCGACAUUGAUUUGUAUCCGCUACCCGCGUAUUCGUGCAGUGUUGUCGAGCCCGCAAUGCCUCUCAAUCAAUACAGUGCGUUUGCUCCUGAUGCUUCGCCCUUCAUUAGUAGCGCCUUGCCUCUAUUUACGCCGGGCACAGCUCAAUUGCCAUUGCCAUCUCCUGGCCCUGGGCUAUUCCCCCCAGGUCUCCCAUUCCCAACAACGUCAUUGUCUUCUUUGCAUUCUAUGCAACCGAAACCAGCAUUCCCACAAUUAUGUGCGACAUUUACUACCUCGUCCCAAAAUAUCGCAUUGACUACUGCCAUGAUAGCUCCGCCUACACCCAAACCAAUAGAUUCACCCCGAGAUGACAUAGAUGUGACGGGAAGUGACAAGUUCUCUAUACACGUCGUUUCCAGUCCUAGUAUAAGUGUGGAUUCCUACGACGCCUCUAAUAAUAGAUCCACCAAGAUGUCAAACGAUAGUAACGAGACCAUGUCGAGUAUGCAUCCACAAGAAUCAAAAUCUCCACCGAAACCGCCCGCUAAGAUCACAUCCAAAUUCCCGGGUAAGUCUCCCGGCAAGAGUCCGGGCAUAUCGCCGAAGCAAUCUGAACCACCUAAAGGUAUGAAACGUACUAACAACAGAAGUAAUAGAAGCCAAAGAGGGCGUGGUAGAUCAAAGAGCAGAGGACACGGGAUACAUGGCUACCCUGUUGAUUACAUGGGCAAUUCUAUUCAGAAUAAAUUAGUCGGUACCGUCUAUGACUUUGAUGAAGAAAUCGCCAAUGAUGGUGUCGAUCUUAAAGCGCUUAGAGACAGGCGCAAAUCUAUCGACGUGCGAGAUGAUAGGAAGUCAGAGCAUUCUUACAAAGAUGCGUCUCAGUCUCCUCCCAUCGUUAGUCCACAAAUUGGUAAGAAACCGCCAUUGAUAGAAGCAAAAGAAAUAAAGCCAAGGACUCCCGAAGCCGGUGAGAGAGCGGCGUCACCCUCCGGCAAAGGCUCUGGUGACCGCGGCGCGGGCUUCACUGCAGUGGCGCCGGUUCUGCCGGGGCCUGUAGACAUGCGAACUUACCAACCGUUCGAGAAUCCCGUGCCUGCUGCGGGAGAUGCCUAUUUACUAGAAUUCGCUAGCGGUACGGCUGAUCAGCAGUUGGCAGAUAUUGACGAGGAAAUAGAGAAACAACUCCAUUCAGCCCUCAUGGCCAGCAAACCGCGGCCCGGAUCCCCGACCGCCCUGCCGGUGCCUAAACCUGCGGAGCCGCCCAAAGAAACGUUUACACCACAACUGCCUAAAGUAUCACUGUCUGAUUCUAGAAACCAGUUGAAAGUUAAAAUAAAAGGUCCAUUCUUAGACGCCAAUUACUCUGCUAGUUCUGUGACGCCUGUAGUCCCGGCCCCGCCCGUGCCCGUUCACGAUCCAGGUAGCAGUUUCGUUCCCAGUGGCACCCCGUCUUCUAUGAUGUCCGGCUCUGGUUUAAGAAGAAUGCGAAAGAAAGAACUACUAAGGCAAUAUUGGACUCAGGACAUGAAUCAAGAUGACCCAACUGCAGCUUCUACCAUGGGGAUGCCACAGCCGCCCGCGCAACCACCUCCUUUAGCUCGAGCCGUCACUAUAACGAUUCCAAAAGCGGUCGCCUCCAUGACGAGUAUACCCACGAGAGAGGAUUACAAAAUGUGCGAUGCACCGAUCGAGAAGAAGAAGCGUAAAACCACGAGUGGUCUAUCGCGUGAACUGAGACAUUUGGCAGUGAGCAUGAACGAUGACGUCGACCCUACAGACGAGACUAAGUUACCCAGUUACACGGCCGCAAGUCAGGCGUACAAAAGACGAGGGCGAGUGUCGGCGAAGCCGAAUAACCCUCCGCCUGCUCCUCUCGCGCCCAAACUCAAAAUUAAAAUAAGCUCUAACAGUGUGCAACAAGUCAGCGAAGAAAAUUCAGAUUUCCAUCAGUUCAGGCCGCCCAAGAAGCGACUGAUGAAUUUGCCGAAACCGAGCAUGGAGGACGUGCGCCGCGAAAACAUGAAGUUCCGGCGAAAGGUGAUGGCGGACUUCGAGGAGAACGAGAAAACUGAGAAACACAAACCCCCUAAGAGUGAGAAACGUAAGAAAAAGAAGGACAAAAAGGCGGAUAAACUACAAGUGAUAAACAGUGAAAGUGAAAGUGCUACAAAGUUGAUAAUAAAGAUAAAGCGUACGAAAGAAGAGGAGAGCGGGGAGAAAAGUCGAGAGAGUAGCGCGGCGUUAGCGGCGGCGGCCGUGGCGCCCGAGCCGCCGGUCGUCGUGGACCCGUUCGAGUACGACCCCACCGCGCCCGACCCGCUCGCGAUCGACCCGCCCUCCUACUCGGAAUCCUCCGCCAUGCGGAAGGUACGGACCGAUAAAGUGACGCCGAUCAGGUUAAAAUUGGCCCGUAGCUCCAAGGGCUCGGGCUACGUGAUGAAGGAGUCGGACGAGAAGAAGGGCGCGGCAGAGCCGCCGCCCCCGCCCCCGCCCGUGUCCUCCCCGCUGCCCAUUGCCGUCAAUAAACACUGUGAAGUGAGGUGAUACAAGCCGCGCAACCGUAAAUAGACUAUAGCGCGACGCCUGCAGCGAAACAUUCUAAAAUCUUUUGUAAAAAUAAAAUAAAUUCUAAGCAUAACAGUUUCUGUAUCUGUAUAUUUUAAAAAUAAUAUUAUUGUCUUUAUAAUGAUGUAGUUUAUCAUAUUAUUUAUUUGUAUAAAUCGCAAGCUCAAUGAUUAACUUAAAGUUAUUCUAAGAUAUGUAUAUGAUAGUUUGUGCAUUUAGUGAUGCACAAGUAAAUCUUACAACAGCAUAGUGUAUAUAUUUUGUUAAUGUUACUUUUUUAUUUUGCCUCAUGUGGAAUCUCAUUAUUUGUCAUUAAAACCAUUUGUAAUUAUAAAUUUUUAUCACAUGUGUAACAUCACAGGUUGUAGGAGUACCGUAACAUUCUUAAGAAGGACCGAUAAAAUAAUCAAAUAUUGCAAAACCAUUUACAUAUUCGUAGUUUUCUGGCUGGUUGUGAUUGACUUUUCACUUUGAUGUGUCCAUUUCAUUUUAUCAACUACUUUUGUAGUGCCUUUUUACGUUUUUUAUUUAAAUAUUAUUUGAUUAAUUACUAAAGUGAAUGACUGACUGACAUAUCAACGCACUGCCCAAACCCCUAGGGUUGAAAAUUGGCGUGUAAAUUCUUUAUAUGGCCGAAAUUCCCAUGGGAACGAGAAUCAUGUUGAUUUUUCGUAUUACGCGGGCCGAGCCGCGGGCAACCUCUAGCUCCGACAGCAUUAGGAACAGCGUGAUGAGGGAAUGUUGUGAAAGAGGAUAUAGUGUCAGGAAUGUAAAAGAAAAUUCUUAGAUUGAUUGUUUCAUCAUGCCGAAAGGAUGAACGAAACUUAGUUUGUGCAAAUAUGCAAAGCGAGUGAAAAUGGUAACAUUGGAAGGGAAAGACCUAGGCAAACGAUCAUUAAUAAACCAAGGAUGUUCUGGGUUACAGUACCCUUAACCGACAUGCUUGCAUAAAAUGAUUAAUGAAUGUUGAUGAAGCAAAAGAAGUAUGUUGUAAUUGUUAAAAUUAUCUUUUAAAUUUUAAUUGUUUUAUUUUUUAAUACUAUUUUAGUGUAUGUAUUGGAAAUAUGUUUUUAUUUAUGAUUUAUAUCAUUUUAUCUGUCAUUUUAUCAAGUGAAUAUGAAAAUAUAAUCUAUUUAUGAUGAAUUUUAGCGAUUUUAAAAAUAAAAAGAUUCAAAUAAUUUUAGUUUAAGGGUAAAUGCCAUAUUCAAGUGUCAGUUAAUUUCGCCGCCAGCCAUGCCAUUAUUCGCUGUUUAAUUUGUAAUAAUUUGGUUUUGCAUGUUUUAAAGCAAUGGCUCGGAUUGCCCACCAAAGAAAUAUAAGUAGUUACUUUUGAAACGGGCAUUAUUAAAAGUAAUUUCGUCUCAGUAAACGAUCUUUUAUACUGUUUCCCAUAUUUGCCUUUUCCCGAUAAAACAAGUUUAACAGAGAUGGAAGGUGCCUAUUCAUUGAUGUCACAUAAUUUUUCAGUUUUAUACGCUUGUAAUGUUUUCAAAUACAUUUCCAGUUGCAUAUUUGUUUUAUAUUUACUUUUUAAUUUCGGUAUUAAAUCAUUAAAAUUUCACCCACACAACGUACAGAUUUAAAAAAAUAUUUGAUAAUUUGUAAAGUCGGUUUGUAAUAAAUUAUACUUUUAAUGACCAUUUAAAGUUUCAAUAUCUUCUGCUUAAAUAAUGUGUGAACCAGAUGUUUUCAAAUCAAAUCUCACAUUGACUGUAUGACCCAUGUAUUUUUAAUGUGUAGUGCGUGUUUCCUUACGUUAAAAAUAUAUAAAUUUCAAAUAUUUUCUUCCGCGAAGUUUUACGAAUACCUCAUUCUUUUUUGGCAUAAUAAUAUGAAUCACCAUGUUUCAUUCAUAACGUUUUGAUGUAUUGCAAUAAAAUUAUAUAAUUCAUGUUUAGCAAGUGGCAGGUUAAUUCUUGAUAAUAAGAACUUUACAACUACACAACGAAGUAUUCUUUUAUUAAAAAAAAAUGACAUUUUGUUAAAGGAACGGUUUUAAUAUCACUUAAGAUUUUUUAAUGUUCCAUGAACUUCUGAACAGUGUCUUUUCCUGAAUUUUAAUAGUCAACUACACAACAAUCAGACUACAUGCACCGCAAUAAGUUUUUAAAGUGAAUUUACAUUUUGCAACAAAAUUUGAUAUUUCGUCGGAAUUUUGAAGUUAGUGGGAAGGACCACCUUAGCUUAUAAUGAAAAUAAUUUGACAUCACACAUUCGUAUGUCAAAUUAAAUUUAGAAUAUACAUGAACAUAAAGCAAUUGAGACAUUUGAAGUAACAAUUAUUAAUAAGUUUCAUCAUCGUAUUAUGAAUUCGCUAGUAGCUUACCGGGAAACUGUCAGACAAUUAGGACGUAAUUUUAACUGAUUUGACUGAAUUUUAUGUCUGAUUGGUUAAAUUGUAUAAAGUAUUUUGUGCAAUAUUUGGCAAUACUCAUCGUUUAGUCCUAGUAGAUGACCGUGUAAGCGUGUGUUAGGUAUAAGGAAACAAUCUGAAUUUAUCUCUUGUUGUUUUCAAAAGUAGUGGUGAUAAUUUUGUGGUUAUUGUUAAGUUGGCCACUAUUAUAUGCAAGCCUGAUAGAGUGUGUUCUCUCUCGAUUUAAUUUAUUCUUUGAAUUGUAAUUAUUAAUUGACAAAUGUUUGACAUUACUCGAAAUGUGCAAGGGAAUAUCGUGAACUAGUAUUUCCUUUAACAUUGUGAAGAGGUCCAAUGUAAGGGGGUCUGCUCCUAACGUAAGAAUAUUCACUUAUCAGAGAGGUAUAUGUUUGAAAGAGGCAAAUAAAAAAGACUUGUAUGUGUGACACAUGUGUUGUACUGUGAUAGUCUCACGUGUCUUCGAUCAGUUAAUUAUUUUAAUUAUUCAAUCUUAAUAUAGUUUUUGCUAUAUGGGAGCCGCUUCGUUGUAGCAGUAGCUCUAUUCGCAUUAAAAUGGAUUUUCUGUGCUAAUUAGAAUCGCCCUAGCCAGUAAUCUGAAAGAUUUAGGUCGAAAAAUCUGCCGUUAAUAGCUACACGUAAACCUAUUUUUAAUGAUCUCUGUCUUAGACAUUCAAUACAUUGGCGCCAAAAUAUAACAGCGUAGUUAUUUCGCGACAAGUCUUGUUUUAUUAAUGUUAUUUUUUAAAGGUUGAUUAUAAGGCUUUAAUAGAAGAAGAUAAUUAAUGCAAAAGCUUAACCACCAUACCUAAUGAGGGAUUAUAUGACGUGUAUCACAUCACAUAUUUUGCGAGGCGAUUAUUGUAACACUUGACUUCAUUCAAUACUAGAAGUUCCGAUUAUCUAAUUCCUCAACAGGUAUAGGGUUGUAACCUGAUGAAAGUCUAAGAUUCGUACUCCAUAACUUUAUAUCAAUAUAACACUUGAAUGUUAAUACCGCGUGUGUCUUGUUGCUUUAGACAAAUGUUUUUAUAUUUUUAUAUAUUUUUUUAUUGUAGACACGCUUUAGACGAUACGUUUUAUUAAUAUUGCAUUUAGUUUGAAUUACUUGUAUUAUGCCCGUCUUUUUUAAUUUAGGUAUAAAAGCAAUGGCCUACUGUUACACAUUCUGUCGUCACGCAUCAAAUCCUAUUUUAAUAAUUAAUAUAUAGAUUUUGAGGCAGCUUUGUGAAAAUUAUUAUUAAAUGAUUAAUUUUAAUCAAUAUACUCUAGGAAACAACUAGUGGUUAAACGCCCACCAGAGGGAGACGUGUUGAUAUCUCUUUUGUUAUGCUUUAUUGUGUUGUUUUGCCUUUGCAUUAUAAACUUACGAAAAUAGAGAUUUUCCACAUUUAAUUCGGUUGUCACAAUAUAAACCAUGUGCAGGAUGACAUACAUUUAAAUAUCCCAACCCUAAAAUCUAAGAUUAAGUUUUUAUUUUGGCGUCAUUCAGUUUCAUGAUGAUAUCGUCCUUUGCCCAAGAAAUUUCUAAUUAGGGUGAGUUCAUAUGACUGGUGAAACAUAUUCCUAAAUCUAAAUAUAAAAGAAGAAGAAAGACAAUGACUGACUGACAUAUCAACGCACAUCCCCAACCUCUGGGUCUAGAAACUUUAAAUUUGGCGUGUAGGUGCUUAAUGUGGUCAAAGGGUGGACUAAAAGAUGAUUUCCCGAAAUUACCACAAGAAUUACACGGGAAUUAUGGUGUAUUUCGUUUUACGUGGGCGUCUUCUAGAUUUAAUAAAUUUAACAGUUAAAGUAACCCCAGCAAUAAUUAAACUUAGUCCUUGUCAUGUGAAUGUGCUAUAAUAUUUUAUGCAAGUAGUAGUGUGACCAUUGCUUAGGCUCUAACAAAUUGUAUUCUUUUACCCAAAGCUAGCUAGUAAUGAACUUCGCCUAUCGCUUCCUUUCAUAACCUCGCUUCAAAAUUGUCAUGUAAGUUCAGGACGUCAUACAAAUAUUUUCCUCGGGCCGCAUGCGUAUGAUUUAUUGUAAUUUUCUGUAUUCAACAAUUUUAACCCAAUCCAAUACUCUAUUUAUUUAAAUUUGAUUUUCUUGUAUGAUUGUCCAAUUUCCAUACGCUACCCCGAUGAGACGAGUGUUACAUAUGUACACAUUUGUCUGUUCACACAAUCUCGUGGUCGGUACCGCAGGUUGUUAUUCAAUUGUAAGACCGGCAUAAUAUAAUGCACUCAAAUAACAAGUCUGAUGUUAGCUAUUGUCUACCAAUUGGCAUACAACAAUAUCGCGACGAAUCAUGAACCCCCUUUUAGGUCUGUUGAGAACAGUUGGCUAUCUGAACUGUGACUGAAUCUCGCAAUACGCACCAAGAACACAUUCUUCACAAUUUUUAAAUAUCAAAAAAAUUGUUACCAUAAAUUAAAAUUGUAACCUAUUUAUUUGUAAGAGAUUAAUCAAAUUAACAAUUAGUGCGACUGUUUAGAUGUGUAAAUAUUAAAAUAUAAUAGAUUUAUAAACGUUAGUUUAAUAAUAUACCAGUUUUUUAUUUGAACGAUACCCGAGUAUAUGAAUUGUGGAAAAUCAUUUUACGGUUUGUAUUUUGUACACAGUUUGUACACUUGGAUGUAUGCCGUCGAGUCGAAUGUAUGAAAAUGUUUAGAUAACUCUUAAAAUUUUUGUAUAAUACAAUGUCCAGUCACUUAGUGACACAAGAUUCAGUAAAAUUAUUCUAAAAUAUUGCCUCAAUUUGAACAUGUACCUAAAAGCCAGUAUUAAUACAAGUUUCCUUUUUUCAUCUUUGUCUAUGGUUAAAGUACUUCAAGAACCCCAUAUUAGAGCUUAAUGUCACAAACAUUUUGAAAGAUUUUCUAAGGUUUUAGUAAUUUUAAGAUAAUUAUGUAUUUAGACAUAGACAAGUUGGACGAAUUUACGAAUUAAUCUACGUAAUAUUUAUUACAUAAAUAGUUGGAUUUUCGAUUCCGCUUUCGAUUCGUCUCUACGGCACACAAUCAUAUUUUAAAAUUGAUUUAUAAGGAGUUUUAUUAUCAAUACCUACGUUUUAUUAUUUAUACUAUUUUCAUUAAUAUGAGGUUGUAUGUAAAUAACUUUAAGAUUUUAUGAGCGCAGGAACACUUUAUUAUAAACAAAAUACUAAUUUUAAAGAGUAUCUGUACUGUCUUUCGGAUUUAUUGUAAAUAAAUAUGUAUAUAGUAAUUAAUAUGGCACAUUCUGGAUAUCCACGAUAAUCUUUUUGCCCAUAAUAUUAGUAAAAUAGACAGGUUAAAAGUAGUAACAGAUUGUAUUAGAGAAGAUAGAGUGGUUGGAUCGUCUCUCCGUCUAUCGGCGUAUAUGUAGUCCGGAUACGUUAUCAGUACUGGUUGCACCACACAUACAGAAUACUCUUGAUGUCUUGGAUGUCAUGUAUCAAAAUCACACCCGCAUGUCUUCCCUGAGUAAAUUGGUGUGAUUGUGAUGACAUGCCCCGGUGUUGUAGGUGGCGGCUCGCCGCAGCCUCGUCGCACAAUCUAGCAUCACACUUCAACAAUGAUGUCGAUCUUUGACUUGUUACUGUGAUUUGUUUUAUUUAUUUAGUGAACAUUUUAGAAUUUUAAGCAUAAUUUUCUAUUCGAGAUUCCUAUUGCAGGGAAUAAAAAAUUAAACAUUUUUAUUGUACAUACAUAACGUUUAAUGAAAUGUCUUAUGUUGAUAAAAAUAUUUUUUAUAAAAAAUUACGUACUUUUUUGAUAUUUUGAAAGAAUUUGGUAACAGUGGUACUUUAGUAAAAUCGUGUUAUUUAGAUUUCGUGCUCUAAGAGCAUGUUUUUUAUUGAGUAUUUUAAUUUAGCGAGUGUUGAUUAUUAUAGACGCGUUGUAUGGAAUUGUAAUUUAGCGUGUAUGUGGUACGCGGUAUUGUAUGAGUGUUGAUAUAUUUAUGCGUAGAGUACGGUAGGGCCGCCGAGGCGAACAGGCCCUUGGCCUCUGGCUGUAGGCAGCAGCAAGCUUCGACAUUCACUGUUCCGUUAGGUGUUCGUUCGUUGUAGAUACGUCAUGCCGUACACUGUACUGCGACGGCGCCCGCGUUCACGUUAGAGUAAUGCCAUGGCGGACGACAGCGACUCGUACCAGUCAUUAGGUUAGACAGAAUUGAAUACAUAUAUUAUUAUUUAUAUUGUAGUCGGAUAUAAUUAGUUUUAAAUACUAGAUGUAAGAGAUUAAUGUCUUAUACCAUUACCCGUAUAAGUAUUAUGAUAAUCAAUUUCCAUUGUUUUAAACUUAGAUCGUUAGAAUGUAAAUGUAAGAUCAACUUGUACAAACUACUUAUGUACAGAAUGUAAUUUAAGUGGAUGAAUCGGUGUGGUAGCGAGCGGUCGGUGGACGAGGACGUGUAAAUAUUGUACAAGUGGUGUUGUAUUAUAACAAGUGUUUUCAAUGUGCACAUAGUCGCCUCAUUCAUUAAUAAAUUUUUUAGAUCAAUUAAUCUUUCCUUUUAAUUUUUUUGUCUUCUCUCCCUGUCCUAGAAGUAUUUAUUUCAUCUUUAUGUUGUC